AGCCUCAGGAGGCACGCGUCGUUCAUGUUCGCGUGUAUAAAUUGUCUGACUCCAACAUCCCUGCCUGAGUUAUGCAACAUCACAUAUCCAGUUGGAGUUUUACAGAGUUGAAGUGCUACAGAUCAGCCCAUUCAGGUCUAGUUCAUCAGCUAUAAACGCAAUAAUGUACUAAGUUCUCAUCUGUUGUAUCAAGAUACGUUGUUAAGAGCCAUUUCCAGUAGCUGUAAAGUGGCUUAAAUACAGCUAUUGGAAACGGCUCUUAAAGCAGGCUUUGCUGCCUUUCCAGACAGUGAAAACUGUGUGGACAAGGUUUGCUUUGUAGCCUAACAGCACAUGGUAGAGGUACUUCCAAGCAGAGAGCUGCCUUCAGUUUUUCACUUGUGAACAUCUCAGUGAUUUCAUGAUUUCCCUGUCCCCUGUGGAGAAAGUGGAAUAUUCUUUAAAAUGUUGGAGUAUGCAAUUCAAGAAAUAAGUCUAUUUCAUGGCAGCCUGGAGCUUUGAGGAAUCUGCUGUUUCAAAGUAAAUGGAAUGACUUACUUGAAUCUGAACGAUUCUGCAGAGUCUGACUAGAUGGACCCAUGAUUUCAGUACAGUUAUCCAGCCUUUAGUUAAAACAUCUGUACUAAGCAACUGUUUUGCUGGUCCCUAGGGUGAUGAUUUAGGUCAGAUAAUUUCAGUUAUAUUGACUUCAUUUCUCUGGAAUCAGACCAAUCUCUUCAUUGUCUUGCUUCUCACAGUCACUGCGGCAGAUGUGGAUGACUAAUUUAUUAUUUGCAUUUGCAUGAUUAUUUCUCUUUCUUUUUUUUCCCUGCUUCUAACCUUUUCAUUCUCAAAAAUUGUUUUGAGUCUGAGGUUCUGGGAAUUCUGCUUAUAACCUUUCUGUUUAUUGGAGAGCUAGCUAUUAUUAGACUUUUUUUUUUUUACAUAUUUCCAAUUCAAAAUUAAAUUAUAUUUUUUCCUUCUGCUUUUAGUAGAGGGGCAGUAAUUAGAUGGCAUUAAAUCUGCUUUAAAUAAACUUGUUGUGGUCUUUUCUUUAUAUUUGUGAGGGUGCAAAAAUCUUAUUUAUAGUGGAUUUAGCUAAUGAAUCCUUGAUGUUUCACUGCUGUAGUAGUACUGAGAAACUUCUUGUUUGGUUUCCUCAUUAUUAUGGCUUAUGAAUAGGUGAAAGCUCUUAGUGAACAAAAAAAUUCCCCACUUUGUGCACAGAACAGCAGUAGCAAUCUGUUCAAUCUACUUGUUGGCACUGAGCCUAAAGAACAAGACCUGCAUCUCCUGGAAAGAAACGGGGGGAUAUCCAUGCAUUCAGUGACUAUGUUGGUAUCUGUUUUGAUGUGUUUAUUGGCAUCACCCAGUCAUUACCAUAGGAAGAAAACUUACUAAGUGACUUAAUAGUCAACUGGAAUAGAUGAACAUAAGAACAAGCAGAAAAAAGCCCUGAUCCCGUGGCAAAACUGGUUAUUAGCAGUGGUUUUGAAUGUACUAAUCUGGUUUCCUUGGCAACAGCAAAGAUGAAUGUGGAGAACAGCCGCACUGGGAAAAGCAGUUCUGUCUGUGACACUGAAGAGGCAUAUCAGUUAAUUCCUGGACUUAGCAAAUAGCAGAGCUGCGGAAUGUCUUCAUUGGGUAUAUGUUACUGUGUAGAAAAUAUUUCUUCCUGGAGUGACACCAGAUUGUGGGGUCGAAGAUUCACCCAGAAGAUGUUUUUGAAGGUGGCCUUAACUGCAUCUUUAAUAAAUCCUCAAAUAAUUUGCUUUGUGCGAAAUAUUAUCUGUUGUUCAUCCCUUUUGUAAAGCCUGAAAGAGAUUUCCUCAAAAACAGACAUCUGUUUGGCCAAUUAAUCUGUCGGCUGCCUGCAGAUUUCCACACAGCACAUUUUUGUUGCAGGCAAGAUGAAAAAAUGACAGCAGCCAAAGAGGUAGCAAGGCAACUUGUUGACCCUUUGCUUGGGUUUGGCAGCGAUGGCAUGCAAUGAUACUCCAGUAGACACUUAUGUUCCAUUCAGUGAGAGCACCCCACCCACAGGCUCCAAUUACACAGCUUUGCCUACCCCACUCAGGAUAUUAUUAGCAAUAUUAAUGGUAAUCAUGAUUGCUAUUGGAUUUUUAGGCAAUGCCAUCGUCUGUCUCAUUGUCUACCAAAAACCAGCAAUGCGCUCUGCCAUCAAUCUGCUGUUAGCAACUCUGGCCUUUUCUGAUAUCAUGUUGUCCUUGUUCUGUAUGCCUUUUACUGCAGUCACAAUAGUUACAGUGAACUGGAACUUUGGGGCUCACUUCUGUCGAAUAUCAGCUAUGUUGUAUUGGCUAUUUGUCUUGGAAGGAGUGGCCAUACUCUUGAUCAUCAGUGUUGACCGUUUUUUAAUCAUCGUUCAACGGCAAGACAAGCUGAACCCUCACCGUGCCAAAGUCAUGAUUGCUAUCUCCUGGUUACUAUCCUUUUGCAUUUCCUUUCCUUCUGUGGUUGGACGGUCGUUUGUGGAAGUUCCCACCCGAGCUCCCCAGUGUGUCCUGGGUUACACUGAAUUUCCUGCUGACAGAGCAUAUGCUGUAAUGCUAGUUGUGGCUGUUUUUUUCAUCCCUUUCAGUAUCAUGCUGUACUCUUACCUUUGCAUUCUAAACACUGUGCGGAGGAACGCUCUUAGGAUCCACAACCAUGCUGAGAGCCUUUGCUUGAGCCAGGUGAGCAAGCUAGGCCUUAUGGGGCUACAGAAGCCUCAUCAGAUGAAUGUGGAUGUGAGCUUCAAAACAAGAGCCUUCACGACAAUUCUCAUCCUGUUCAUUGGCUUUUCACUCUGUUGGCUUCCACACACAGUGUUUAGCCUGCUUUCUGUAUUCAGCAGGCAGUUUUACUACAGCCCUUCUUUCUAUGUCACCAGCACUUAUAUCCUGUGGCUAAGUUACCUCAAAUCAGUAUUUAACCCUGUCAUCUACUGCUGGAGGAUCAAGAAAUUCCGUGAGGCCUGCAUGGAGUUCAUGCCUAAAACAUUCAAGGUCCUCCCUAAAGUGCCUGGACGAACAAAGAGGAGAAUACAACCAAGUACAAUAUAUGUUUGUAGUGAGAACCAGUCAGCUGUUUAGGAAGAAGCAAUGGGGUGGAGGAAGAAUCAGGAAAGGUUUGAUUAAAAUAGACAAUACAUUGUUUCUACUGCUUAUUUUCUGCUUACAUUACACAUCUCUGGAACAAUUACUCAUUCUAGAUUUUGUUUUAUGUGUAAAGAUUGUACUUGUAACUUCACUCUGUUUACAAGCCAUUCAUUAUAACUGCUUCAUUUUAACCCACUUGAUGCAAUAGUGCCAAUGUUAAAAAAAAAUCACACUUAUAACCAAAAAUAGUUUGGCUGCUA